AUGCCCGAGUACGGGGGCUUCUUCGCCCUGCUCGCGGAGUACCUGCCCGACACCAGUCAGCCCAUAUCCGGCUUCCACAGGUACUGUACCCGACCGACACCAACCUAUAUCCUUCCACAGACGGCCGAAGGUGAUCAGUACCCAUCGCUGCCUGUUAUCGUGACCGAGGCAGAGGAAACGCGCGACGUCGAAACUCCGCAGCCGACGACGCAGACGCAAACGCAAACGCAGUUGCAAUCGCAGUCGCAAUCGCAGACUCAGUCGCAACCGCAGCCGCAGCAGUCCUUAGUGCCCGUGGCUGACUUGAUCAAGUCCCUAGUACAUUUCCUUGCCAACCGGCCUACGCAUAUGCCACUGUGGCAAUACGAAGAUAUCACUGCAAAAGCAAUGACAGGCCGCAAUGUAUCGGACAUACUGUCCCGCCUGGUGGAAACGGUCGCGGAACAAGGCGAGGACAUGCAAGGCUAUGUGACCGAGCUGCUUCUCACCCUCGAAGCGGCCGUGGACAGCCUCGAGUCACACUUUCGACCAUUGGACUACAUGCGUGACAUAUUCAAGUCCACGCCCAAUUUGAAUAAUAAAGACGGACAGCAGCAGAACGGGAGUGCCUAUAAUGCUGAAGCGGCGGUGGAGAGACUAGAGUCACACUUUCGACCGUUAGACUACAUGCGUGACAUAUUCAAGUCCACGCCGAAUUUGGAUAAUAAAGACGGACAGCAGCAGAACGGGAGUGCCUAUAAUGCUGAAGCGGCGGUGGACAGACUCGAGUCACACUUUCGACCAUUAGACUACAUGCGUGACAUAUUCAAGUCCACGCCGAAUUUGGAUAAUAAAGACGGACAGCAGCAGAACGGGAGUGCCUAUAAUGCUGAAGCGGCGGUGGACAGACUCGAGUCACACUUUCGACCGUUAGACUACAUGCGUGACAUAUUCAAGUCCACGCCGAAUUUGGAUAAUAAAGACGGACAGCAGCAGAACGGGAGUGCCUAUAAUGCUGAAGCGGCGGUGGAGAGACUAGAGUCACACUUUCGACCGUUAGACUACAUGCGUGACAUAUUCAAGUCCACGCCCAAUUUAAAUAAUAAAGACGGACAGCAGCAGAACGGGAGUGCCUAUAAUACUGAGUCGAGUCAGAGAAUGCCUAGUCAAUUUACUGACGACAUGCGGUCAAAGAGUUGGCCUACCCAAAAGUCCAUCUGUAAUCUUCAGCCAGAGUUCAGAACUGUUGGAGCGGGAGUCCUCGAUGGCCUCUUCACUGGAAGAGGUGUCGGGCACGCCCGGCAACGAACUGCCUACUGCCGCCCCACCCACUGA